GUUAGUGUUGUGCUAACUGCGCCUCAUUUGUGAGAGCUGAGCAGAUAGGAUGGGAGUGCUGCCGCGUCUGUUAGGUCCCGUGUCAGAGGGGGAGGAAAGAGAUUUCAUUUGUUCGCAAUGGUUGUGUCUCACUUGUUAGCGCUGUAAUCCUCAAUGAAGUCAUCAGGGUUUACUUCUGAGCAGACAUGGCUAGGAUUGCACUGUAAACAGAACUAGGCCAGGGUUCCACUUGAGCAGCCACUGAGCGGACGAGUUGUGCUUAUGCUCGAUCCUGUACCAGUUGCUACGUAAUCCUAGGUUUGCUUACCCAGGAGCAGGCCUCAGCUAUCCCAAGGCUACAAUCCUGUGUAUACUACUUAGUGGGCAGUAAACCGUUAACCACGGUGGGGCUUACUUUUGAGCUGCCUGUUGCCAUGUUUUCAAAACGGAAAUUGUUCAAAGCUGAUGCCAAUGGAGAAAAUCUGAUAGAAGAGUUACCAAAAACAAAAAAAUCUCGGGUCCCUGGUAAGAAAAAGUCGAUUUCCAAAGAUGGAGUUAUAGAGAACAACAGUAUUUUUGGGCAGUUCCUCAAGACAGGAGGGAUUAUACUGAAAUCUGGAGAACGACAGAAUGAAAUAGCUGUGGAUGGAGCAAUUUUCCAGAAGAAGUUGCAUCAAGCACUGAGGAAGCACCCAUCUUACCCACAGAUUGUUGAGGAGUUGAUCAAUGGCUUGGAAUCGCACAUAGAAAGCAGAGAUCACUUCAGGAACUCCCUUUUACCAUGCAUACCCACACAAAGUCAGGAAACAAGCAAUGCAGUCCAGUCAUACUGUGAAAGCCUUAUUAAACUGCUCCUUGGCAUUGAGAUAUUACAGCCUGCUGUUAUAAGACUAUUAUUUGAAAAACUUCCUGAAUUUUUUCAUGAAAGUGUGGGCAGUGAUGGACUCAAUUUACCCCGGCUCAUUGUCAAUCAGUUGAAAUGGCUUGACAGGAUAGUUGACAGCAAGGAUCUUGUUUUGACAAUCAUGCAGAUGAUUUGUGUUUCUCCUCCAUCGAUCCAGCAUGAUAUUAUCACAAGCUUACCAGAAAUCCUGGAAGAUUCCCAGCACAGUGAAAUUGCCAGAGAGCUUAGUUCCUUGUUAAAGGAGAAGACUGAGCUAACUGUUCCAAUUCUGGAUGCUUUUACCAGUUUGAAUCUAGAUCUGGGACUUCUGUCUGAGGUGCGCCAGUCUGUUAUAAUCGCUGCCAUAAAAGUGGAAGAUCUGCCUGUAGUUGUUAAAUUUAUUCUCCGUUCCAUCAAGGCCACUGAUGCAGUAGAGGUAAUUUCUGACCUUCGUAAGAAGUUGGAUCUGGACUCAUGCGUUUCACUUCCACGGAUUCAUGCUUCUCAGAGCAAGCUCAGGAGUCAGCCUCAGGCAAGUCUAUCUGCAAGCCAAGCAAGCAUUAACCAGGACUGCAUCAAGCUCCUUUUUGAAGUUAUAAAGUCAGCUGUUAAAUUCCAGAAGACUAUUUUAGAAGGCUGGAUUAAGGCUAUUGAAAACGUUGCUUCUGCCUCUGACCACAAGGUUCUGGAUCUGAUAGUGCUGGUCAUAAUCUAUGCUACAAGUGCCAAGAGCAAGAAGCAAAUUGAGAGAGUGCUGAAGAAUAAGAUUCAGUCAGGCUGCUUACGAGAGCAGUUACUGCACAAUGCCUUCCGUUACUACUUAACAGUUAUGAGAGACCUCUUUCCAGCCAUCCUGUCACUGGCUGAGAUAUUUGUCCACUCAGCAGAUCCCUGCAUUGUCUCUUUUGGCAGCUACAUGUACAAACAAGCCUUUACAGCCUUUGACUCUUAUUGCCAGCAGGAGAUUGUGGGUGCCUUGGUAACUCAUGCGUGCGGUGGCAAUAAUAUUGAAGUCGAUGUCUCUCUGGAUAUGCUCAUUGACCUGGUGUCUCUUCACACUUCAUCAAUAGUUCCAUAUGCUGUCUUUCUGAAGAGCAUUGUAGACUAUAUGGAUAAUCUGAGUCCACACCAAAUCCGGAAGCUAUUCCACAUUCUUAGCAUGUUGGCAUUCAGCCAGGGGCACAAAAGCAGCCAUAUUCAAGAUGACAUGCACAUGGUGAUAAGGAAGCAACUAUCCAGCACUAUUCCCAAGUAUAAGCGCAUUGGGAUUAUUGGUGCAGUUACCAUGGUGGGUAGCAUGGCAGCAAAAAGGAGUAAAGAAAAUGGACAGCUACUGGAACGGGCACAGCUGAACAAGGAGCAACGUAGGCAGAUUACAUCUUUGCUAGAGCUGGUGUGCUCCUGCUGUGGACAGGUCCCCCAGGCCUUGUCUCUCUACUAUGAUGAACUUGCCAACUUGAUUCAGAAAGGGAAUCUGGAUUUUCAGAUCCUGGAGUGGAUUGAGGACAGUGUGAAGGAGGACUUUGAAAGAGAUUUUGUGACAAUUCUUCUCCCUACAGAGGACAGUGCUUUCCUGUUCCCAGUGAAGGCCCUGUAUAGCUUGGAAGAUGACAAAAGUGAGGGAACAAUUGCUAUUAAUUUGUUGCCACUGCUGUCCCAGAGCUAUUUGAGCAAGAAUGUGGAUGAAAUAGCAGCUAAGAGCCAGGACAAAAGGGUAGUGUCUCUGGUAUGCUUGCCGCCAUUCUUCCGACUGCUGAGGCUCUGUAUGGCAGAACUGAAUAAUGGGAGUUUGGAUGAUAUUGAUGCCGUGUUAGGGUGUCCUUUACAUCUAACCAACCUGGAGGUGGGAGGAAAAUUAGACUCCUUAUCGAAGCAAGAGCGUGAAUUUCUCUGUUCACUCCUAUUUCAUGCUCUUAACUGGUUCCGUGAGGUUGUGAAUGCCUUCUGCCAACAAGAAGACCCUGAGAUAAAAGGAAGAGUUUUGACUCGGUUACAGAACAUUACAGAGCUACAGUGCCUACUGGGAAAAUGCUUAGCAGCCAGCCCUGGCUACGUUCCUCCUCUUGCUAAUUUUGAUUCUGAAACCUCGGAAAGAGUACCUGUUAUCAAUGCCAUUGGUGCCACCAAAAAGAAAAGCAAAGGGCAAAACCCCAAGAAAUCUGGUAAUAGCAAAAACAGCUCUGUGGACACCUCACAGCUGGAUGAGAACAUGGAAGCAAAUCAGCCUGAAGCUGAAACCAGCCAGCCAGAGAAGGGUUCCCCAGAAAAAGAGCCAGGGACCCCUUGGGUGCUGCUGCAGAGUUAUAGUGCAUAUUUUCAUGAACUAGACUUAGAGGUUUUUACCCUUCUUCAUAGCGGGCUGCUGACCAAAUCUGUUGUGGAUACGGAGAUGCACACAAAGACCAGUGAGGUGGUGCAGAUUGGGCCAGCAGAGCUCCUGUUCCUUUUGGAAGAUCUGAGUCGUAAGCUCGAACAUAGGCUGAUACCAGCUGCUGCAAAGAGAGCCCCCUUUUUCAAGGGAAAAGGACGUAGAAAUGUUGGAUUCUCGCAUCUGUGUCAAAAAUCACCUCAAGAAGUGACUGAAUGUGCUAUUGAACUCUUGAAGCCGCUGUGUAACCACAUGGAAAAUAUGCACAACUACUUUCAGGCACUGAUUACAGAGAGCCAUGGUGUGGUCGAUGGGCCAGGGGUCAACAUUCAGGAACACCAUCUAAUGUCGUCCUGUUAUCAGCGGUUAUUGCAAGUCUUUCACCUUCUGUUUGCUUGGAGUGGAUUUUCUCAAUAUGAGAACCAUAGCUUGCUGAAAUCAGGUCUCCAUGUCCUUGCACACAGACUCAAGCCAGGGGAGAGAGAUCUCCCUCUUGAAGAACUGCUCAGUCAGAGUUUUAAAUACUUAAUAAACUUCCAGCACAGUGUUCCCAACAUUUAUUGUGCACUGAAUCUCACUCAGCUUCUGCUUGUCAUUAUUGAAAAAUCUGUGGCCAACUUGAAAAACAAUGAAAUAGCUUCCAUCACUAAACGUUUUCUCUGCCAGUCUUGGGUGCAGCCCAGUGGAAUUCGUCAGAAGGGCACCCAGUUUAAUGAUGCUCUCCACACUUUGUUCUGUAUCUAUAUGGAGCACACAGAUAAUAUAUUGAAAGCUAUAGAAGAUAUUUCCAGCAUUGGGAUCCCAGAGCUGAUUCAUUCUUCUAAAGAUGGAUACUCUUCCACUUACCCUACAUUGACCAGGCAAACUUUUCCAGUUUUCUUCCGAGUGAUGAUGGUCCAGCUAGAGAGCUCAGUGAGAAGCAUUUCUGCUGGAAAACCAUCAGAUUCCAGUGAGGUCCAGCUAGAGAAGUUGCUAAACUGGAACAUGGCUGUGCGCGAUUUCCACAUCCUUGUUAACUUGGUUAAGGUAUUUGACAGUAGGCCUGUGCUCAGUGUCUGCUUGAAGUAUGGCCGUCUAUUCGUAGAAACAUUCUUGAAGCUUGGCAUGCCCCUCUUGGACUGCAGCUUUAAAAAGCACAGGGAGGAUGUGCAGAGUUUGCUGAAAACCUUGCAACUGAGCACCAGACAACUUCACCACAUGUGUGGCCAUUCUAAGAUUCAUCAAGACACAGGACUCACCAGCCACGUACCUCUACUAAAGAAGUCCCUCGAGCUGUUUGUAUACCGAGUGAAAGCAAUGCUGGCUCUCAAUCACUGUCAGGAAGCUUUUUGGGUGGGCAUCCUCAAAAACAGGGACUUGCAGGGAGAAGAGAUUCUUUCACAAGCAUCCCAAAGUAGCGAGAUGGAGGAGGAAAUUUCCAGGCUCCCCACUGAGGAACCUAUAGAGGAGGAGGGGGAAGAGGAAGAUUCAGAGAAUGAAGGCAGGGUGGAUACCAAAGACAGUGAUGAAGACAGCUCUGAUUAGAAUGGACUAUAUUGCUGGCUUUUCAUGAUAUAAAUUAAUGGAACUUGUAAACUGAAGGAAGCAAAUGCUAAAUGAAUUGUGUAUGUCCAGAACACCUGUGCUUCAGUGAGGCUACAACUGGCCUUGAAGCAGUACUAGUUAUAGCCUGGACUGUAGAAAGUAUGCUUUAUCUUUAGAAAGAUUUUCACCUUGAAAAUCAAAACUUUAAGCACUUUUUUCCUUGCUUCCAAAUCUGCCUUGCUUUUCCUACAUCGUAUGUCUUGCUCUCUGUCCACCCCUAAGCUUUUUCCACUAUCCUAUGAUAUCUAAAAGCAAAACUUAACACUUUUUAUUUGAGACAACAAGAACUAAGAUUUUGUGUUGAGAGAUCUGGGGUACAGGGUUGAUGAUAGUUUUUUCCUGUUUUUUCCUCUGUAUCUAUCCCUUUAUGGUAACUGAAUGUCUUUUGCAUGGAGCCCAAUUGCACUUAAAAAUACCCAUGGCUGGGCUCUCUAAUGGGAGAUAUUUUUAUGUUGACCUUAUGUUGGCAGCACAAAAACACCUCCAUAUGACAGUCGACAAGAAACUGCUGUUGAUAUUUAUUUGAAAUCCCAAGUGAGAUUAUCAUUUACGGACAUAGUUUGCUCAACUGGGAUGAAUGUAAACUUAAAAAGAAUCUUAAAGUUAAGAUGGUGUUGGAAGUAUAUGAUUAUGAAAUAAUAGUAAAGUUCUGUUCAUAUCUUGUUUUGGCAGGAUUCCUGUGUUCACAUGUUAUGCUAAGCCAAACUAUGGCUUCCUUAGCACAAAUGUGUGAGCUCCUGGGCAGGAGUUUGUGGCCACUUCUCCUUGGUCAUUUUGCUGCUGCACUUUGCUGAGUUAAGCCAUGGUUUGGCUUGUUGUCCAAACCAGGCUUGCAAUAAAGCUCUCUUCAGACUAACCACAAGUUAAAGCCAAGGUUUGUCCUUGGUAGACUACUCGCAGUUCAUCCAGGAGAACUAAACCACAAGUCCAGGUUAGGACAACAUGCUAAGCCAAGCCAUUGCGUAGCUCAGCAUGUUGUCAUAGCAAAACUACCAAAAAGGAGCAAAGCAGCCGCAAUCUCCUUCUUGUGAGCCUGUGCAUUCACACUAAACCAUGGUUUUGCUUGGCAUGCUAUGUGAACCAGGCCAAUGACUCUUAGAAUAAAAGCAAUUCUUGAUUUCUACCCCUUUGUUUCUAUCAAUUACACUAUUUUUAUUUACUUUUUGAACACAAUCCAGAGCAGACGUUCGUGUUUAAGCUCAUUUGAAAUCAAAGGGCUUAAGUGUGCACAACUCCAGUCUUUAAUUGUGGCCUUUUUAUUUAUGCACUUUUAGGAUGAAGUGUCCAGCUUUAAGAGAUUUUUCUCCAAAAACAUUUAUUUGGGAAAAUAAGUUAAAAUGUUCAUUUCUGUUUCCUACUUUUGCUCAUGAGAGGAUUUCAGGGCUACUUUGCAUAGUGUUCUAGCCUGGGUUGGUUGGUUGCUUUUGUGCUACAUGAAAGAAUAUGUAUUAAGGCCUUUGGGGCUUUAUUCUCAAAUUUACUAAAUAAAGUGGAAUGUACUAAC